ACAAUUAGCUCCUUUCCAUUGCCAUUACUUGCCGUUAAUGGUCUCCUGAUAUAACGUGUGAAUCGUACUUUAGCCGAAUAACAUAUGAUGUUUGUUUUCAUCACGAAAUUUCACUUGAACAAACGUAUCUCCUGCAAGGCGUUUAAGUUGUAUUUAUUUUAACAGUCUACUGUCAAACUUAUAACUGGUAUACGCUGUCAUUCGAUUUUUUGAAGUCUUGAAACACGAGUAAAACGCUGCUGGAGCUGCCUGUUUUUCUUGUUAUAAUUUCCUGAUUUCAAUUUUAAAACUGACAUAAAUUAUGCAUCUAGAACAGGGGUUCCCAAAGUGGUCGAUAUAGACCCCUUGGGGUCGAUAUCAUUUUUGUGGGGGUCGACGUAAACGAAAACUGACUAUAGGGGUCGACGAGGUCUAGGUUGUGUUUAUUUGACCAUCCGCAGAAAUUGGUAAGUAUUUUACAUCAAUAUUAAAAAGUAAGAAAUCGAAUUUUCAAAGGAAUUUGUUGAUGGGGGUCUGAAGCCUAAGUUAAUUUUAGUAAAGGGGUCCAUGACUCAAAAUAGUUUGGGAACCCCUGAUCUAGAACAAGAACACUGCUAAAUCUCGGUUAAUUUUUCAAAAGGGCGUAUAAGCAAGUGACAGUUUUUCUUUGAUUACUUUCUCUUUUGAUUUAUUUAUUUAUUUAGGUAUAAUCAACAGACACAAUAUGGUCCUAAAGAUAAUUCCUAGUAAUAUAUAAAAAAUUUCCAAGUAUCCUACUGCGUGAUAGAUUUAAGUCAAAUCCUGAUGAAACGCGGUUGAAUGAUCUCUGCAAGCCAAUAAUAGCAUUGCUAGCACCGUAGUUUGUUCGUCGUAAAGGAAGUCGAAGAAAUGCACUGUUGCGAAGAGCCCGGGGUCGGUGCGGAGCAAAGCAGGGCAGUCAACCCUGUCGGUCAAAACAUCUGCUAUCAAUAAAGCACGUGCAACAUCUCGACGAACUUAUAGUGUAUCGAGACCGAUUAAUAUCCCGCGACUUUCGUAGCUUGGUAGUUGGUGAGAAUUGUUCCACGGUCUUCUAUUAAUUACCAACCGGUUUCCACGUUUAUCACUCAACUCUUUGCAUGAAAUGAUACCCGAAACUGUCACUUGCUUAUACGCCCUAAUGAAAAGUCAACCAAGAAAUAUGCCCUAAGUGUUUCUUAUGGAUUUCAAUAGCUUUUUUACGUCGGUGUAUGCCAGUAUAAAUUUGACAGAAGACCUGUUCGAAUAAAUAAAACUAGAACGGCUUGCUGGAACUAUCCUGGGUCUGUUUCAGUUUUCUAAAGCGAAAGCGACAUAAUUAAAUACAGAAAAUAAACAAUAUAACAAGAUUUUCCAAGAAAAAUAUCGACGCAAAAUGCGAAACAACUGGUAUAAAACAAAACGACUUCGGGAGCUGUGACAGAAUUACUGAAAGUCAGAAGAAAUUGUGCCCUGCACAGGAACCAGAAACUAAUUCUGAAACAUCUUCAAAGGCAUUCGAAUUUCAGAUUUGUAGUAAACAAUUCGUCAACAAAGACAAUCUCAACAGGCACAUGUUAAUGCAUGCGAUUUAGUGGCAGUGCAAGUUUUAGGGAUAAUCAAAACGCUCUAUCUCAACAUAUGUCGACUAUUCAUGAAAAGCACAAAUGUCUCAUAUGCAGCAAACAUUUCACCUCAAACCGUGGCCUAAUGGAACACAUGAGUACUCACACUGACGGUAGGUGGUGAGACCUUAUUUUUACUCACUGAAAAUGAAGCCCGGUCAAAAUUUCCUUGUACUACCAAUACAAUAACAUGGCAACUCUGUUCCCGAGUCAAAUGAAAGCUAACAAAAACAAAAACAAGCAAAAAUAACAUGCAGAAUACUGAAUAUUCCAAGGAAAAUAUCAACACAAAAUGCGAACCAUCUGAUGUAGAACAAGACGACUUUGCGAACUGUGAUAGAAUUACGGAAAGUGAAAGGAAAGCACCGGAAUCAGCAACUAGUUCUGAAACAUCUUCAAAGGAACACGAAUGUGAGAUUUGUGGUAAACAAUUCGACAGGAAAUACUAUCUCAAGUGGCACAGGUUAUCACAUAUACGCAAGCGACUAUACACAUGUGAUGUAUGCGGUAAACAAUAUAGUGGCAGUACAGAUCUCAGAAAUCAUAAAAAUGGUCAUGCAGGUGAACGACCCUAUAAAUGUCCCAUAUGCGAUAGAGACUAUGCCUUUAAAAGUUCUCUAUCUCGACAUAUGUCUUUUCACGAAGAACACAAAUGCCCCACAUGCAGCAAAGAUUUCACCUCAAACCGUGGCCUAAUGGAACACAUGAGAACUCACACGGGUAACUAUCGAUUCAAGUGCGAUGUUUGCGGUAAAGGCUUUACCCGAGGUUCUAGUUUAAAAAUCCACGAGCACCUUCAUACGGGAGAGCGACUGUUCAGUUGCAGUAUAUGUGACAAAGGUUUCAAUUCUGAAAAGAUUCUUGCCGAACAUUUGCGUGUUCAUACAGGAGAACGUCCAUUCAAGUGCAGCUUUUGUGGAGAUGAUUUUGUUUCUAACAGUGCCCUUGCAAAUCACAUGCCAGUACACACUGAUGAAUAUAGACAUAGGUGUGAUGUUUGUGGCAAAGGAUUCAUGAAAAAAUUUGCUUUGAAAAUACACAAACACAUACAUACUGGUGAACGGCCGUAUAACUGCACUGUGUGCGAGAAAAAUUUCUCCUGUAAUUUUAGCCUCACUGCACACAUGUCUGUUCACAUGAACACGUAUAAAUAUAAGUGUGAAGUAUGUGGCAAGGGGUUUCGUGUUCGUUCAAACUUGAAGACGCAUGAACGUGUUCAUAAUGUAAAGUCAUUCAACUGCAGCGUUUGUAAUAAGGAUUUUCGAGAAAACAAAAAUCUUGCCGUUCAUAUGCUUCUUCAUACAGGUGAGCGGCCUCAUCAGUGCACCAUAUGUAACAAAAGUUUUUUAAGAAAAUACCAUUUAACCGCACACAUGCGCCGUCAUACGAGUGAACCAUCCUGUAAAUGUAGCAUAUGCGAAAAAGGCUUUUACAGUGAAUAUGCUCUAAGUAGACAUAUGACUAUCCACACCGGGGACUAUUGUUAUAAGUGUGAUGUAUGCGGCAAAGGAUUUUUGAUGAAAUCAGAUUUGAAAAUGCACACAUACAAACAUACAGGUGAACGGCCAUUCAAAUGCACAGUAUGUGAAAAUGAUUUUGCCACAAAACGAUCUCUUGCUAAACACAUGUCCACUCACACAGGACUAUAACUGUGCUGUGUGUGGCAAAUGUUUUGACAUGUAAAGGCAUGAGCUAAUUCAAAGCAGUGAGAAACCGUUAAAAUACAUAGGCGGUCAAGAUUCUACAACUGAUGAUGCUCUAGCCAAGCACACGUCCAAUCACACGAUGAACUUCAUCAAGAAUUUGAUGUUUGCGGCGAAAAGUCUAGUGAACGGUCAAACUUGAAGCAGCACGAGCCCAACCAUACCGACAGCCCGGGCGAACCACCCACGAAACACAAGACAAAGUUGUUCGAAUUAUGUCGGAUAAAAAUAUUUGUUUCGAAAAAUAAAGAACCCCUUCCUAAUCCA